AUGCCAGUUGUUGCAGCUCCUCCCCAAGGGCAUGGCCCCUCUACCUUUGACAAGAUGAAGAUGGGUGCUAUGAUGGGAUCGACCGUGGGUGGUAUUAUGGGAUUCAUUAUUGGCACCGUCACCAUCUUCCAGUAUGGCGCUGGACCUAACGGCGUUAUGCGAACCCUGGGUAAAUACAUGCUGGGAUCUGGCGCGACUUUUGGUCUCUUCAUGUCUAUUGGCAGCGUCAUCCGUACCGAAGGACCUCAUAACGAUGCCUGGCUCCGCGCUCGGGGACCACCGAUGAUGCUUCCUCGCCAGAGCCCUCUGCGACCCGUCCGCGAAUAG